GCAGACUGGAAUCGGUUUCUUCACGCACAUUGCAGUUUCGCUGCUUUGCCUGGUUCCCUUUCUGAACGUCCGCUCUACCACGCAUCGCUGCCUUUUCCUGCCUUCGAUGUAUGCUGCAUAUGUGACAGGCAUGUGCCUGAAGAUCACGCUCUUCCCGCCCGUUGCAGCUGAGCGCCCACGUUGCAGGAUCGCAAAGGUGCUGCGUAUGGAGAGGCUUGUGAGGGAAGGAUCUGUACCAGUUUGGUUUCCCAAAUUAGCGGCCGCAGUGUAUGUGCUGAUGGUCCUUCAACUGGACUUGGGCCAUUCCUUCCAGUCAAUCGCAAGAUCGCAAAGAAGGAGCUACCUCAGCGCGACUCCUCAGCGACAUGACUACAACUGCUGGGGUACUGACCAGCAGGAUGUUGCUGAUUGCGUACUGGUGCGGCAUGGGGGCUGUACCAUGUUCGUAUCUUUCUACACCUGCCUGGUGUUCAUGGCGGUGUGCAACCGGAGCGUGAAGGGAUCCGACAUCGUGGAGAAGCAUCAGAA